AUGGCUAACCUCCGAAAAACCCACCCCCUCCUAAAGAUUGCUAAUGACGCACUAGUCGAUCUUCCAGCGCCCUCAAACAUCUCAGUGUGAUGAAACUUUGGCUCACUUCUGGGCUUAUGUUUAGCCACCCAAAUUCUCACAGGACUUUUCCUGGCCAUGCACUACACUUCUGACAUCUCAACAGCCUUCUCCUCCGUAUGCCAUAUUUGCCGAGAUGUCAGCUACGGCUGACUUAUCCGAAAUAUUCACGCCAAUGGAGCAUCUUUCUUCUUUAUCUGCAUUUAUAUACACAUUGCCCGAGGACUUUACUAUGGCUCCUACCUGUACAAAGAAACCUGAAAUAUUGGGGUUGUCCUUCUACUCCUCACAAUAAUAACUGCCUUCGUGGGCUACGUUCUUCCAUGAGGACAAAUAUCCUUCUGAGGUGCAACAGUCAUCACAAACCUCCUUUCUGCCGUGCCCUACGUAGGGGGCGCCCUUGUGCAGUGAAUCUGAGGUGGGUUUUCCGUAGAUAAUGCCACCCUAACACGAUUUUUUGCCUUUCACUUCUUAUUCCCCUUUGUUAUUGCAGCUGCAACAGUCAUCCAUCUCCUCUUCCUUCAUGAAACAGGGUCUAACAACCCAGCAGGGAUCAACUCUGAUGCCGAUAAAAUCUCAUUCCACCCCUACUUCUCAUACAAAGACCUAUUGGGAUUUGUGGCUAUACUACUAGGACUAACAUCCUUGGCACUAUUUGCGCCCAACCUCUUGGGAGACCCAGAUAAUUUUACACCGGCCAACCCACUAGUCACCCCGCCCCACAUCAAGCCUGAAUGAUAUUUCCUCUUCGCCUACGCAAUCCUACGAUCAAUCCCCAACAAGCUAGGCGGGGUCCUCGCCCUGCUAUUCUCUAUCCUCGUGCUCAUAGUCGUCCCCAUUCUACAUACCUCUAAGCAGCGAGGACUAACCUUCCGACCCCUUACGCAAUUCUUAUUCUGAACCCUAGUAGCAGACAUACUCAUCCUCACCUGAAUUGGCGGUAUACCUGUAGAACACCCCUUCAUUAUCAUUGGCCAAGUCGCCUCAGUUAUCUACUUCACCAUCUUCCUAGUCUUGGCCCCCUUAGCCGGAUGAGCUGAGAAUAAAGCCCUCGAAUGAGCCU